CGGGGCUCUUCACCGGGUCCGGCAGCUGAAGCUCGGCGCUCGGGUUAACCCUGCAGCGACGCCCCCUGGUCCCGCCGCUGUCGCCUCCGCCGCUCCCGCCCCUCAGCUCCUCGGCCGCGCCAUGGGCACCCGUGACGACGAGUACGACUACCUCUUUAAAGUUGUCCUUAUUGGAGAUUCUGGUGUUGGAAAGAGUAACCUCCUGUCUCGAUUUACUCGGAAUGAGUUCAAUCUGGAAAGCAAGAGUACCAUUGGAGUAGAGUUUGCAACAAGAAGCAUCCAGGUUGAUGGGAAAACAAUAAAGGCGCAGAUAUGGGACACAGCAGGGCAGGAGCGGUACAGGGCUAUAACAUCUGCAUACUAUCGUGGAGCAGUAGGCGCCUUACUGGUUUAUGACAUUGCUAAGCAUCUCACAUAUGAAAAUGUAGAGCGAUGGCUGAAAGAACUGAGAGACCAUGCUGAUAGCAACAUUGUUAUCAUGCUUGUGGGUAAUAAGAGUGAUUUACGCCAUCUCAGGGCAGUUCCUACAGAUGAAGCAAGAGCUUUUGCAGAGAAGAAUGGUUUGUCGUUCAUUGAGACAUCUGCUCUAGAUUCUACAAAUGUUGAAGCUGCUUUUCAGACAAUUCUAACAGAGAUAUACCGCAUUGUUUCUCAGAAGCAAAUGUCAGACAGACGUGAAAAUGACAUGUCUCCAAGCAACAAUGUGGUUCCUAUUCACGUUCCACCUACCACUGAAAACAAGCCAAAGGUGCAGUGCUGUCAGAACAUCUAAGGCGUCUCUCUUCCCCUAGAAGGCUGUGUAUAGUCCAUUUCCCAGGUCUGAGAUUUAAAUAUAUUUGUAAUUCUUGUGGUCACUUUCUGUGUUUAUUACUUCCUCACACUUAAGAAUCUUCUCAUGUCUUGAGUCUUUUGAUUUUGGCUUUAUAAAAUCAUAAACUUUGUCCUGAAUGACUGCAGUUCUUUUUCAUGCUAUGGCUUCUCUAGCCCUAGUUUAAUAAACUGAAUGUUUGAAUUCCUCA